AAGACAGCUCUUCACAUGGGUGUAUGGAUUGGCAUGUGAGACUUGUGUUAAGGUGGUUUUAAACCCUUAAAUAUACCUAGUGAAAUGACCAUGGGCGGACUGACAACUCAUGGGGCCCCGGGCAAUAGGGGAUCAUGGGGCCCCUGUGUCCUUGCCCAAACUCAAAAAAGCCUAUGAAAAAGGUACCAGGGGCAUCUCAUGGGGCCCCCUACUGACCCCGGGCCCUUGGGCAGUGGCCGAGUUUCCAAAUGGUCAGUUCGCCCCU